GGGACAUUUUGAUUAUUUCACCUCAAUAUUACGAGACCACACAACUUACCGUCGUCUUCAGCUACUCUUCGGGCCGCCGCCGUUGAUUGCCACCGGAAACUUCCAAUUAUUCCUCCUACAAAACCGCCGGAAAAUAUUAGCGAAUUUUUCGUGGCCAUUGUUAGCGCUCAUGAGUGAACAGACGCAAACUCCACCUCAACCUCUACCCACUUCUUCUGAUUCCACCCUUGUAUCGAACUCUCCAGUUGAUCUUCCACCAAACCCCUCUAACCCUUCCAAAAUCCCAAUUCGACCACAGAAAAUCCGAAAACUCUCUUCCACCCCAUCCUCCAAUGGGAAAACCCCGGAAACCGCCGUACCAUCAGCAUCCACUGCAACCAGCGGAGCGAUUACCGUAACGAAGAAUCGUCGGAAGACUGCACCGAAAUCAUCAAGGGUUUCGCCCCAAAUCAUCAAGCCCUUAUCAGCUGAUGGAGAGAUUGACAAUGCACUGCAGCAUCUACGUUCUGUGGACCCUCUUCUUGUUUCCUUAAUAGAUACACUUCCUUCCCCCCAAUUCGAGUUGCACCAUUCUGCGUUUUUAGCUCUUAGCAAGAGCAUUCUUUAUCAGCAACUAGCUUAUAAAGCAGGCACCUCAAUCUACACUCGCUUUGUGUCCCUUUGUGGAGGAGAGGACGCUGUUUGCCCUGACAUUGUCCUCGCUCUAUCUCCUCAACAGCUCAAGCAAGUAGGAAUCUCAGGGCGGAAGGCUAGUUAUCUCCAUGACUUGGCAAACAAGUAUAAAAGUGGGAUUUUGUCUGAUGAAACUCUUGUAAAGAUGGAUGAUAGGUCAUUGUUUGCCAUGCUUUCAAUGGUGAAGGGUAUUGGUUCUUGGUCAGUGCAUAUGUUCAUGAUCUUUUCACUUCAUAGACCAGAUAUUUUGCCUGUUAGUGACUUGGGGGUCAGGAAAGGUGUGCAAUUGCUGUAUGGACUGGAGGAACUGCCAAGGCCGUCGCAGAUGGAGCAAUUAUGUGACAAAUGGAAGCCAUAUAGAUCUGCAGGGGCAUGGUAUAUGUGGCGGUUAGUGGAAGGGAAAGGGACUCCAACUAUUGCAGCAGCACCAAUUGAUGGUGGUAAUGCGCAGGCAUUGCAGCAAUUUCCGGUGGAACAGGAGACACAGCAACAUCAACUGCAGCUUCUCGAGCCAAUUAAUGGCAUCGAAAAUCUUGGGGCUUGCAUUUGGAGCCAAUGAUUACAGUGUUGAGAUAUUCCGGAGGGGUUCCCUGUGCACCAAUAUUCUCUAGCAUGUGUUAGUAGUGAGCUUAUUUUGCAGAGAUCAUGACGUUGUAAUAGCAAGCAAUUGUGCUUCUUGGGUUAUAUGGCAAGAACCCCAUUUGUUUGAUUGAUGUCAAGAACUGCACUUUUUAGUCCCCGUCGCCCCUCAAUAUUCAUUGAUGCCCCCUUUAAAUGUAAAAAGUUGUGGAAUUAGCAGCUUCCAACUGUGUUUUAUGAUUUUUAGCAAUCGUGAUGUGACAUAAAUAAAUGUUGUUUCAGUACUACAAUAGAGAGUCUUUGUUUCUCUCA